GCCGGGCCCGCGGAGCCGCCGGCAUGACGGGCCGCGUGUGCCGCGGCUGCGGCGGCACUGACAUCGAGCUGGAUGCAGCGCGCGGCGACGCCGUGUGCACCGGCUGCGGCUCGGUGCUCGAGGACAACAUCAUCGUGUCCGAGGUGCAGUUCGUGGAGAACAGCGGCGGCGGCUCGUCGGCCGUGGGCCAGUUCGUGUCGCUGGACGGUGCCGGCAAAGCCCCAUCCCUGGGCGGAGGCUUCCACGUGAACCUGGGAAAGGAGUCGAGAGCGCAGACCCUGCAGAACGGACGGCGCCAGAUCCACCACCUGGGGAGCCAGCUGCAGCUGAACCAGCACUGCCUGGACACGGCCUUCAACUUCUUCAAGAUGGCCGUGAGCAAGCACCUGACCCGCGGCCGGAAGAUGACCCACGUGAUCGCCGCCUGCCUCUACCUCGUGUGCCGCACGGAGGGCACGCCGCACAUGCUCCUGGACCUCAGCGACCUGCUGCAGGUGAACGUGUACGUGCUGGGGAAGACGUUCCUGCUGCUGGCGAGGGAGCUCUGCAUCAACGCGCCCGCCAUCGACCCCUGCCUGUACAUCCCGCGCUUCGCCCACCUGCUGGAGUUCGGCGAGAAGAACCACGAAGUGUCCAUGACGGCCCUGCGGCUCCUGCAGAGGAUGAAGCGGGACUGGAUGCACACGGGCCGGCGCCCCUCGGGCCUCUGCGGGGCAGCACUGCUGGUCGCAGCCAGGAUGCACGACUUCCGGAGAACCGUCAAAGAGGUCAUCAGCGUGGUCAAGGUGUGCGAGUCCACGCUGAGGAAGAGGCUCACGGAAUUCGAAGACACCCCCACCAGUCAGCUGACCGUGGACGAGUUCAUGAAGAUCGACUUGGAGGAGGAGUGCGACCCCCCGUCGUACACGGCCGGCCAGCGGAAGCUGCGGGCGAAGCAGCUGGAACAAGUCCUGUCGAGGAAACUGGAGGAGGUCGAAGGGGAGAUCUCCAGCUACCAGGACGAGAUUGAGACGGAACUCGAAAACAGCCGGCCCAAGGCCAAGGGGGCGCUGGCCAGCCUGGCGAGAGACGGCCCCGGCGAGGACACCACGGCCAGCUUGUUUGGCGAGGAGGACGCCGAGGACGAGGAGCUGGAGGCCGCUGCCAGCCACCUGAACAAGGACUUCUACCGGGAGCUGCUGGGCGGCGGCGUUCCCGGCAGUGCGGAGGCCGCGGGCAGCCCCGGCGGGAGCGGCAAGCCCCCCGCCCUGGAGUCCCUGCUCGGGCCCCUGCCCACCGCGGCCAGCCUGGGCAUCUCGGACUCCAUCCGGGAGUGCAUCUCCUCGCAGAGCCAGGAGUCCAAAGACGCUUCCGGGGACGGCGAGCUGGACCUCAGCGGCAUCGACGACCUGGAGAUCGACAGGUACAUCCUGAACGAGGCAGAAGCCCGCGUGAAGGCCGAGCUGUGGAUGCGGGAGAACGCCGAGUACCUGCGGGAGCAGAGGGAGAAGGAAGCCCGCAUCGCCAAGGAGAAGGAGCUGGGCAUCUACAAGGAGCAGAAGCCCAAGAAGCCGUGCAAGCGCAAGGAGCCGAUCCAGGCCAGCACGGCCGGCGAGGCCAUCGAGAAGAUGCUGGAGCAGAAGCGCAUCUCCAGCAAGAUCAACUACAGCGUGCUCCGCGACCUGGACAGCAAGGGCGGCGCGCAGCGGCCGGACGCGGGGCCUGCGGACAGGGCUGCGGCCCGGAAGCUGCCUCGGAGGAAGAAGCCGGCCGGCCGGAGCGGGGCCGACCCCGUGGCCGGCGUGGGGAAAAGGUUGAGGCCAAUGGUGUCCACCCAGGCGGCUAAGAAGGCAGCCCCGGGAGAGACCCUGCCCCCAAACCCCCCUGCCCGCGGCUGCGACCCGGGGAGGCCCGCGGCGGUGCUGGUGGAGAGCGGGCCUGUGUCGUACCACCCCGAGGAGGACGCCGAGGAGGAGGACCCCGACCCCGAGGAGGAGGACGGGGAGCCCUGCGUCAGUGCCCUGCAGAUGAUGGGCGGCAGCGAUUACGGCUGUGACGGUGACGACGACGACGGCUACUGAGGUGUGAUCACGCACGGCCGCGCCCGAGGUGGACCCUGGCUUCUGAGGGGCCAGGCCGGGACUCGGGCCCCAAGCCCAGGUGUGAGCGUGGCCUCGCCUGCCCCGCAGCCUCAUCGUGGCCACGAGGGACGUCCCGGCACUCGUGCUGGCGCCAUGUUUUGAGCAAUGCCCGGAGGCCCGGCGGCUCGUCCGAGUGCGUGGAGGCUGGGCGGGCUCCAGGACACGGCUCUCGGCUCGCCGUGCUCGCUGGCUGAGAAGCGCUGUGCUCAGCCCUCUGAACUCCAGCUGCAGUCCUCGGC